AUGCCUAAAAGAAAAAAGAGCAACCUCUCCAGUCGUCCUGCUAAGGCAAGGGCAAUGGCAUCUUUGCGAGAAAGGGAGUCCUUUCAAGAGAGACAAGUCCGUCUGCAAAAAAACGCAGAAACUACAGCACUACAACGAUUUUCUGAAACUUCAGAACGUCGUCAGGCUCGAUUACAAACCAAUGCUAACAGGAUUGCUUACCUACGGUCCCAAGAAACUCCUCAACAGCGUCUGCUACGUAGAGAAGAGGAUUCAGGACAAGUUUAUCACCGCAUUGGUAGCCUUCUUCCUCCUUCAGGAAAGCCCCAUAGCUUUCUACAAAUAUAUUUUAUUGGGGAUCAGGACAUUGAAACAGACACACGUUGCAACAACAUACCUGGUGUUUGUCGUACAACGGUCGAAGAUAUACAGCAAAUGUUUCAUGAAGAAAAUCAAUUAGUACGUUCUUUUAAAACUGCUAUGGAACUUCUUCCAACAGAUAACUACAAAGUUGUAAUUCGUGCUGACCGCCGUCCACCUGGUGAACAUGAACGCCGGUACAAUGCUCCUACUGCAGAUGAAGUGGCGAUUGUCAUUGCUGGAAAUGAGUUUGAGAGCCGAGACAUUGUAUUAAGGAAACGUGAUGGCAAUCUUCUCCGAGUGUCUGAAACUCACCGCUUCUACGAUGCACUACAAUACCCACUAAUUUUCUCAAAAGGACAAGAGGGGUAUCAUUUUGGUAUCCCCAUGAUGGAUCCAAAUACUAAUCUCCCUACAAACAAGAAGGUUUCGUCAAUGGAUUUCUAUGCGUACAUGUUAAUGAAACUGAACGCCUACUGUACAUUAAGCUCAAUCAAAAAAAAACUUAGGGCUGAGAGCUACGUGCAUUUGAGAGAUGCUUUGAACAAUGAUGCGACACUGAGUGCUAAUGAUAUUGGCCAAUCUGUUAUCCUUCCUUCAAGUUUUGUAGGAUCUCCGAGGUAUUUAAGUGAAAGGGCACAAGACGCUUUGACCUAUGUUAAAAACUACGGUCGCCCGGACUUAUUUAUAACUUUAACAUGCAAUCCAAAAUGGCCCGAAAUAUUGGAAUCCUUGCUUCCAGGGCAGAAAGCAACAGACAGACAUGACAUUGUUUCACGUGUGUUUCAUCAAAAAAUAAAGAUUUUUGUCGCAGUGAUCAACAAAGGGGAAGUUUUUGGCUCUGUCAGAUGCUUUAUCUACACUGUAGAGUGGCAGAAACGUGGAUUACCUCACAUCCAUUACCUCCUUUGGUUAUGUGAAAAAAUCCGUCCUAAUCAGAUUGACAGUGUCAUUAGUUCUGAAAUCCCAGAACGUACCUCUGAUCCGGUUCUUCAUGAGUAUGUACUGAAACAUAUGGUACACGGACCUUGUGGUGCUUACAACCAACGGUCUCCAUGCAUGAAAGACGGCAAAUGUACGAAACACUACCCAAGGCCCCUGAUUGAAAACACCCAAACAAAUGAUGAUGGUUAUCCUAUGUACCGUAGACGGAGUCCACAUGAUGGUGGAUUCACGGGUCAUAUUAAUAUGAAAGCUGCUGGAAAUGUUGCUGUGGAGAUAGACAACCGCUGGAUUGUCCCAUAUUGCCCAACUUUGAUUAAGAUCUUCAAUGCGCACAUCAAUGUAGAAUACUGCAGCUCAGUUAAGGCCAUAAAGUACGUUUGUAAAUACAUACACAAGGGAAGUGACCAAGCUGCAUUCAAUUUGGUGAAAGGCGCACAAUUAGACAAUCUAAAGGAUGAAGUGACUAUUUAUCAAACCGGACGUUACUUAAGUAGUAAUGAGGCUGCUUGGCGCAUAUUUGGAUUCCCAGUGCAUGAGAGGAAACCAACUGUGACUCAUCUAUCAGUACACCUAGAAAAUGGUCAGCGGGUAUACUUUAAUGAGGAAAACAUGAAUGAAAGAUUGCAAAACCCACCACCAACCACGUUGACUGCAUUCUUUGAUCUAUGCCAAAAUGAUGAUUUUGCAAAAACACUUUUGUAUCAUGAAGUUCCACACUAUUUCACUUUCAACGCAACCGAGAAAGUAUUCAGGCGCCGAAUUCAAGGAACACCUGUCCAUGGUUAUGCAGAUGUUAAAUACUCAGAUGCAUUAGGUCGUGUAUAUACUGUUCAUCCGGCAAACUUUGAGUGCUAUUGUCUUCGUUUGCUUCUUCAUAAAGUAAGAGGCCCUACAUCUUUUCAACAACUAAGGACAGUAAAUAACCAAAUUUGUGGCACAUACAGAGAAGCCUGUCAGGCCCUUGGUCUGCUUGAGAAUGACAACCAUUGGGAGUCAACGAUGGAAGAAGCUGUUCUGACUCGCUCAGCUUCUCGUGUACGCCAUCUAUUUGCAAUAUUGAUAAGUACGUGUGAGUUGUCAAGCCCUAUAACUUUGUGGGAAUCAUUCAGAAAUGAUUUGUCUGAUGAUAUCUUACAUCGACACAGGGAAGUCGUCCCUGACCUUCAGUACAAUGACAUAGUUUACUAUGAGGCCCUAACGAAUAUCCAAGAACUGGUGAAGUCUAUGAGUGGGAAAGAUUUAAGUUCGUUUGGCUUACCCGCUCCAAACUUAUUGAAUGGAAUCAACCCUGAACUUCUAAAAGAAAUGGCAUAUAACAUCGACGAUAUGCAGCUCCAAGUACAAGAGAUGUUACCAAAACUUCUACCCGAGCAACAAGUGGUUUAUGAUACAAUUUUAGAGAGGAUUGAGAGUAGAAAAGGAGGAAUUAUCUUCCUAGACGCUCCAGGUGGAACAGGUAAAACUUUUCUUAUAACUCUCAUAUUGGCUAAGCUGAGAAAAGAAAAUCACAUUGCUCUUGCGAUUGCAUCCUCUGGCAUUGCUUCAACACUUCUACCUGGUGGAAGAACUGCACAUUCUGCAUUGAAACUACCACUUAACCUAGCAACUGCUGAAACCACACAAUGCAAUAUCAGCAAAACCUCUGAUCGAGCUGAAGUCCUCCGACGUUGUACAUUACUGGUGUGGGAUGAAUGUACAAUGUCUCACAAACGAGCAUUUGAAGCAUUGAAUGCAACACUUCAAGACAUCAGAAAUAGUCAAGAUUUAAUGGGGGGCUUAGUUGUUUUGUUGUCAGGGGACUUUAGACAAACCCUACCAGUUAUCCAACGUGGAACUCCAGCAGAUGAAAUCAAUUCCUGUUUGAAAAAGUCUGUCCUAUGGAGUCAUAUUGAGCAGUAUCACUUGGUUCAAAAUAUGAGGGUAAGUCUCCAUAACGACUGUGAUGCCAGACAAUUUUCAGGUGAUUUGCUCAAGAUUGGUGAAGGUAGAAUGAAAACUGACCAACAUAAGAUGAUUUCCUUCCCAGAAAGCUUUGGUCACAUGGUUGCUUCUGCGGAAGAGCUUAUAGCAAGUGUGUUUCCUGACUUACAAAACAACCACUAUGAUCCUGAAUGGUUAUCCUGCAGAGCAAUUUUAGCCCCCAAAAAUGACGAUGUGAACAAAAUAAACAGCAAAAUUAUGAACAUUAUUCAUGGUGAAGUUAAAUCUUAUUUGUCCAUUGAUUCAAUUACAGAAGAGGAGCAAGCACUACACUACCCUGUUGAGUUUCUUAACACCUUGGAACUGCCUGGUAUUCCCCCGCACAAGCUUGAAUUGCAAUUAGGAAUCCCAGAGAAGGCUCAGAACUCUGUCCAGACUCGAAACACCAAGGUUUAUUCUGUGAGGCUCAUCAUCACCAACUCCUAA